GCUUCACGUUUUUGUCUUAAACGAACGACAACAAUGGAAACUGGUGAUGAAUUGGUCAAUAUACAUUCUGAGCUUUUAAAAGAAAGCCAACAGUCGCCAGAUGGACCAGCAGAAUCGGUCGCUGAACUGCAGACGAAAGAAACAUCAUAUUACUUGAGGAUGUUGUUGUUUCAGAAAGGUUUGUCGUCGAAUAAUGACGAUAUCAGUUCGGUUCUGUCAUUAUCGACACCGAAAUUAGACUACAAACCACCCUGUUGGGCAUUAGAACCGAACGUAGAAGAUGGUUAUGGAAUUGAAGUGAUCAAGAACGGUACUAUUGUUGAGUCGGUUGAUUUCAAAAAUUCGAAAUCGUCGAACCACUUCGUUAUCGGUCGUUUGCCGUUGUGUGAUAUGACACUUGAUCAUCCCACCAUUUCAAGAUAUCAUUGUAUCUUACAGUACGGUGAGGAUUUAAUGGAACGUUCUGGUAAAGGCUGGCACAUCUAUGAUUUAGGCAGUACACAUGGCACGAAACUGAAUAAAAGACGAAUUCCAUCGAAACAGUAUAUUCGAAUACGUGUUGGUUAUGUGAUGCAGUUUGGGGGAAGCAGUCGAAUAAUGGUAUUGAAAGGACCCUCGUCGGAUGUGGAGAAAGAGUGUGAGUAUUCACCAACUGAAAUGAAGAAAAUGCGAGAACGUCGAAAAUUGGAAGAUAAAUUGCGCAAGGAAGCUGAAAACGAAAUGAAAGAGGAGAACGAUAAAAAUAGUAACGAUGAGGGUAUAUCAUGGGGAAUGGAUUACGGUGAAGAGCAAGCGUAUGCUCAUGCCGACGAAAAGGAUUUCGAUGACGAACGCGAAUCCGCAUAUUCAGACGAUCCAUUGAAAGCAUUAUCGCAUUUCUUCGACCGAGAAGGCUUCGAUAUGGAAUUUACAUUCACCGAAUCUGGUAUGGGACAUACACACAAAUGGACCUGCUACAUUGAGUUACCCGUUGAUACUGCCGCAGGACAAUCGCUCUCAGCAAGUGCUACAUGUAGUGGUGGUAAGAAAGAGGCGCAAACAAUGUGUGCUUUGAACGCGUGUCGUAUAUUGGAUAUGCACGGCGUUUUGUAUGGAUCAAAGAGUGCAGCGAAGAAGAAGGCGAAAGAUUUGGCCGAGAAUGAUUAUUAUGAUUCAGAUGAAGACAUUUAUUUGGAUAGAACUGGUCAAAUCGAGAAAAGUCGCGAGAAUCGACGAAGGCGUGCUUUGGAGGCACGAGGUGAAUACACUGAGCAAAAAGAAACUUAUGAAGGCUUACUGAAGAAGAUAUCAUCGGCAACUGAAGAAAUGCAACAAAUUGGGAAACGUUUAGAAUCGUUAUCGAAUAAUGUUGGUGUUAUUAAAGACGAUAACACAAAUGAAGAUGAUUUGGACGUAUUCUGCAGAAAUCUGGAAAAGACACACAACAACGCAGAUAGUAUUGAGGUAAAAGUUGAAAAGUCACACCUCCGACAGAAGUUAGUGGAACUGAAGCAUGAAAUUGAACGGAUGGAAAAGCUCGCGAAGAUUGCGAAGCCGGUGGCAUUACCGUCGCUGAAAGUGGGCGCUUUAUCAGACCCAAGUCAACAAAAACAGUCACAGUCUGCAGCAUUAAUGCGCAAGUUGAUGAUGCUAAAGCGUUCGAAAGCCAAGGAGUCGCAUCAAAGUGAGGAUAGUCGAGAAGUAAUUGGAAUGCAGUUACCACCGCAGUUAUCGACUGAUAAGAACAAAGACAAUCAGUUUGUUGUUGAGACGGAGGAUGACGACGCUACGCAAUCAGUGCACCAUAUCGACGAACCCCCAUCUACCUCAAGUAUCCCUCAUUCCGAUCAAGCAGCACCGACAUCUAGUCAAAGUCAGCCUGGAAUCACGGACUCCAAAUCCACAAUAACGUCAGAAUCUGGGCGAAUAGAUUCGUUGACUGUCAACGGCCAAAGUCCAAAAUCAUCCACUGAGAAUCUCAAUCUAGAUUCUGAGCGAUCCUCCGAAACUGGUUAUGGAAAGGUUGAUCGGGUGGAGGGUAGGAAAGAAACGAACUUUGGUGCAAUGACAGAAACUAAGUGUAUAUCAUUGGAUCAACAAGCACCUGAACGCGAUUCGAAUCAACCGUCAGAUGAAGGCGUCGGAGAGAUCGUUGUGAAACGGAAACGUAUGAGAUUGAGAGCUACAGACCGUGCCUCAAAUAAGAGCACAUCCUCAACACAACAGAGUGGUGAGUAUGGCGAAGGAUGCGUGAAUCGUGACUUGGAUUAUGCCACUUGGCUACCUCCGGAAAAUCAAUCCGGAGAUGGAACAACGGCUUUGAAUGCAAAGUUCGCCGGAAAAUAUUAG